GCGGCAGGCAGAUCCAUUUAUUCUGUCUGUGAUUUAUUUUCAGGAUAUGACGAGAUACCACUAGAUCCGAGAGAUAGGCAUCUCACAGCCAUGCACACGCCGCUCGGAUUAGUGUAGAUGAUGGUCGUUCUGAUGGGAUGGACCAAUGGGGUAGCGGUCUUUCAGAGAGCCAUGGUAGCGGUUCUGAAAGACUUUAUCCCAGAUAAAGUAGAAGUUUUUCUGAACGACUUUCCGAUAAAAGGACCGGUGUUGAAAGAUGAGACGAAAGUCGCUCCUGGUGUCAGGAGGUUCGUAAAGCAACACCUGACGGACAUUUACGCUGUUUUGGAACAGCUAGAUGAAGCUAACCUGACGGUUAGCGGGACAAAGAGUCGAUCGGUCGUAUCGACGAUUAAAAUUCUAGGGUUUAUAUGCGAUGCGAAAGGCCGACGCCCCGACCCUGGGAAGCUGGAGAAGUUGUUGAAUUGGCCGACUCCAUUGCACAGUGCAACUGAAGUUCGCAAUUUUUUAGGUGUUGUUGGUUAUUGGUGGAUCUUCAUACGCGGAUAUGCGGAGAAGGCAGAGCCUCUGCGCACACUUCUUAGGAAGACUGAGAAUUUCUAUUGGGAUUCCUCUCAAGAGCUUGAAGUGCAAUCCCUCAAGGAAGAGUUUAAGGAAGACGACCGAAUUCUAGGUGUGCCAUUCUUUGAGGACGAGACAAACAAACCGUUCAUAGUAUCUACGGAUGCUGGACCGUGUUCGGUUGGGGGAUUGCUCUCUCAAAAGGAUGCUGACGGCAAGGAAAGGCCAUUGAGGUUCGAGAGCCGAACACUCAACACUGCAGAACGUAAUUACAAUCAGUUUAAGACAGAAGUAUUGACUAUUCUACCGUGCUUAGAUACCUUCAGGCAUUACAUAUACGGGAGACGAUUUGUUCUUAGGGGAGACCCUACGGCUGUAGCAUCAGUCCUACAGAAGGUUUUCAGUUUGACGGAUCCUAAGAUCGCGCGAUGGCUGAUCAGGAUUCGACUUUAUGAUUAUACUGUAGAGAGGAUUUCCGGGGCGAAGAACGCUGUAGCCGAUGUACUUUCACGAAUUCUCAUCGAGGCAGAGCGACGAAUAUCGGUUGCUGCACUAACUAUAACGGAGCCUAGACGAACGGAUCAUUUCCUAGUAAAUCUUUAUGAAGGUAAAUACCGCACUAUAGGAUUGCACCUAUCGGGCGUGGAGAGUUCCGAAUCGGAGAUCAUGAGACAGGCAGCACAAUAUUGCCUUAGAGCUGGGCAUCUGUUCCGACGACCUGUGGGAGCUGGGAUGCCUCUUCGGGUGGUCUGCGAUCCAGAGGAGAAACAGUCCAUAGUAGCAGAGUUACAUGACGGGGUGGUUGGGGGAUAUAGAGGAGUGAAAGGUACGUAUGAGAAGGUUCGCCGACUAUACUGGUGGGAAGGACAAUACAAGGAUGUUGAAAAGUACUGCGAGACUUGUGAGGAAUGCCAGAAGAGGUUCCUUAUUAGGUAUAAGGAACCACUUCACCCCUCUUAUCCCACUAGACUAGGGGAGAAAGUGCAUAUUGAUCUGGUUAAAAUGCCAAAGGGUGUAGGGAAUAUGAACGAUGUAGUCAACAUCAGGGAUGAUUUCACUGGUUUCGUCGAUGGUAGGCUUAUCAGGACGAAAGCAGCAAGAGAAGUUAAGAACUUAAUCCUGGAGUAUCUGUCUAGAUACGGAUGUGUUAGUAAGAUUGUGAUGGAUAGAGGACCAGAGUUUCUAGCAAACGAGGUACAGAGCGUAUUCAAGAGAGCUGGAGCCAGAGUAUCUAUUGCUACCGCCUAUCACCCUCAGUCAAAUGCACCUGUAGAGCGAGGCCACCAGUCAUUGAUUGCGUCCUUAUCCAAGUGGUGUAGAGGAAAGGAUAGCGACUGGCCGAAGUAUUUAAGGUACGCGAUAUGGGUGGACAAUGUCACUGUCCGAGCUAGUACGGGCUACCCUCCUUACACUCUAUGGUUUGGAAGGCACUGUCCUCUGCCUGUAGAGUUUCAUGUUCACAGUUGGACCACUGUUAACUGGGCAGAUAACAUGACACGAGAGGAAUUACUGGCAGCCCGGACUAGGCAGAUAGCUUACGGACUGGAAAACAAUCUCAUGACCACGACCGAUCGACUAGCAGUAGAAAGAGAAAAGAACAAAGUGAGAUGGGACAAAGACGUCAGAAUCAGAAAGGAAAAGAUCAAGGUUGGCAACAUGGUGCUCCUCUACGACGUCGCUUUCGAAAGGACAUGGACUGGGAAACUGGCUAAUCGAUGGAUGGGGCCCUAUUGUGUGGUUGGUGCAUUAAGCUGGGGAGCCUAUAUGAUUGCUGAGCUAGAUGGGUCAAAGUGGAAGGAUCCAGUGGCGGGAGCUAGACUAAAGUUGUUUAGAUCAAGGGAGACUCCUACUCCUGCUCCGAGACCAUCAGAUCCUAAAGGAAAGGGUAAAGCUAAGAUAACGGACGGAGGACCGUCAAGGCGGUUCGAGGUAGGUGAGAGUUCGAAGAAGAGGAAGAGGGUGGAGACCAGGAAAGUGAAAGACUUAGCCGUGGGCAAGAGAAAGAAAUGGGUCUUUCUUCUGCAAAGACCAAAGCGCAGGGUCCGCAUUAGGAAGGGUGGCGCAGUUGACGCACAGUAUUCCCAAAGAACGAGGAAGCGGAGGAAUGUUGUUGUGACGAAGCCCAAACGACGGCGACAUAAGAGAGGGAAGGAUCACCCCCUCAGCCCCCGAGUUCCUGAGAAAACCAGACGGCACAUAAACAAGAGGAGGCACUUGUGCAGAGCACGAGUGGUCCAUUUAGACCUGGUGCGUUUUGUCUAAUCUUGGCGGAGCGGGCUCGACGGGGGCGUCGAGAGGAGGUCCGGGCUUGUUUGUGGGGCGACCGAGGACCAGUCGGUCGCCCUAAUACCGGG